AUGGGUCUUCAUGAGAAAUUCCCAGCGUAUGGGGGUCGUGGGCCCUCCGACCUCCGUCUGGGUAUUGCUUUAGGCGUUGUCGCUACCAUUUUCAUGGUGUUGCGAGUGUAUGUGCGACUUCGCAUGAACAAAUUUGGAACCAGUGCCUUGAUAUGGUCUCUCGUCGCUUGGCUCUUCACUACCCUCACACAGAUCUUCGGUAUCAUAUCUGUUCUUCAUGGGUUAGGAAAUCACAUCACCAUCGUUGAGGAAGUCGGGGAACUACACAACUUCCUUCUGUUCACAUGGAUAACGGUCUUCUUUUUCAACUUGGCUAUUCCGACCGGCAAGGUCGCGGUGGCUGCAUUUCUGAUUGAAAUGAACUCACAGAGCAAUCCCAAGAUUCGACGCAGCCUUAUUAUCGUCGCCGGUUUAAAUAUCGUCUUCAAUAUUCCGCAGAUAUUGCUCGUUUGGUUCCAAUGCAGUCCCCCAAGUGCGUUGUGGGAUCCUCUUCGACAGGCACAGUGUGACCACGGGAGAAGUGUAUACUACACCUACUUCGUGGGUGCGGUGGCUGCUAUCUCCGACUUCUAUCUCGCCAUCAUACCCAUCACGAUGUUGAUCCCCUUGCGCAUCGAUAAAAAGCUGAAAUGGGGUCUGAGUUUCCUCAUGGGAUGCGGUGUUUUUGCCGGUGCUGCAGCCAUUGUCCGAACGUGGGCAGCGAAGUUUAUCAUGAGCGCUGACUCUUCAUACGGUGUCGGUGUUCUCUUCCGCUGGGGAGAGGUCGAAGAAUGGAUUGUUCUCAUCACCAUGUCCAUUCCACCCGUGUGGCCUAUCUUCCGUCCUCUCACUCACCGAUUCAUCAAAUCCACCAACAACCGCAGCCAGCCCCAGUACAAGCUGUAUAACGAGUACGGUCAAUUUGCCUCUACAACUCGAGCCACUCAGUCAGUCGCACCUCCGAUCGUCACCACCACUAUCUCCAUAUCGUCGAUGAAAGGCCGCCAGCAAUCUGCCGAUACUGUGGACGCCUCCUCAUGCGGAUCUCUCUCUCGAUUCGGCGAAGACGAGCCCGAAACCCCCCAUACUAUUCUGAGCCACAAUGGAGAUCCAGAAGGGUGGGUGGAAAUGAAACACUUCAAGGAGCCACCACGCACCUGA